GCAGCAGACCGUAGGUCGGUAUCAGGGGGAUCGUCACGUGUGGAGGAGGCGCCGUGUCUUGGUUUUUCAGAACACAGGAGUGUGCCACGCUUUCGACGACAGAAGCAGAGUACGUCGCGCUUGGUGACGUAGUGAAGGAGAUCUUGUUUUUGAGGCAAAUUCGGCGUUUCAUGUUGCCGCAGGUCGGCAUGCCGUGCAUCCCAGUCUUCGAGGACAACCAGGGGGCGAUUCAACUAGCGCAGAACCCCAUCUCAAACUCGAACUCGAAGCACGUAAACGUAAGGCACCAUUUUCUCAGGGAACUGGUAGAGAGGAAGGAAAUUUUGGUGAUCCACGUGCCGUCGCCAUACCAGCGUGCAGAUAUUCUUACGAAGAGCUUGCCGAAGGACACUUUCGAGUCUCACCGUGAUUUUNAA